CACAGAAUUUAGACAAAAUAUAUUUAGCAGACUGUCGAGCUUUAAAGAUUCGCUUAUGAGAGAGAUUAAAAGUUUUUUGUUGAUUAUAGGACUUGCUAUCUAUUAAAUUAAAUUAGUUUGUAUUUCCCAUGAGUUCAUGGUAACUCCGCCUGGAGCCCAUCCGGGGGCUACUGCCGGUCCCAAACGCGGAUAAAGGAGGAGGGCUAGGCAUAGGGUUGGCGACCCAUCCCAUAGAAGAUUAACUCGCUAAAAAAACGCUAACCAGAAAAAUCAUUCAAACCAUUUAAACUCUGCCCUGGGAGUCAGAAGGUCUUCAUUUAGAAGAACUAUGACGCCUCAUGGUGAAGGCCGAGUUCCUUCGAAAGUCACGAAGACGAUGCCCUUUCUGACAACCAGAGCAACUAUUUAUUUAGGUACUUGGAAUGCUCGUACGAUGUGGGAGACCGGGAGAGUCUUCCAAAUUUCUGCAGAAAUGAGGAGAUACAACCUGGAGGUGCUUGGGAUCAGUGAAACACAUUGGACACAAGUUGGACAACAACGACUAACUUCAGGAGAGUUCCUGUUAUACUCCGGUCAUGAAGAAGAAAACGCCCCACAUACACAAGGAGUUGCAUUGAUGCUGUCCAAACAAGCACAUAAUGCACUUAUAGGAUGGGAAUCUCAUGGACCAAGGAUCAUCAAAGCCUCGUUCAAAACAAAGAGGGCAUUACAAUGA